GGGAGGGGAGAGGGGGAAGGCGGGACGUGCAGAAGUUGUUCAUGUCGGGAGAGCGCACCACGAGUCCCACAUCUCCACACUCGGGAGCGCAAAGAUUUUUUUUCUCGAAUCAUAAGGCUUCACAUACGUCUGUAAUGCGUUACUAACAAGACUUCAAUCAUCAGCAUCAUUUUCAUCCGCAGAAAGCAUCGUCAAGCGCCGAUGUAUCAAUGAAUUUCUCCAGGAAACUAACAACCGCACUCCUGCUGGUGCUCCUCGCAGCGCAAGGGUGUUUUUCAUCAAAGGGGGAGGACAGAUUAUUUCGGAGGUUGUUCAGGAGGUACAACCAGUUCAUACGGCCAGUGGAGAAUGUAUCAGAUCCAGUCACAGUGGAGUUUGAGGUGUCCAUGUCUCAACUGGUCAAAGUGGAUGAGGUGAAUCAGAUUAUGGAAACCAAUCUGUGGCUGAGACAUGUGUGGAACGACUACAAACUGAAGUGGUCCCCUGUUGACUAUGAUGGGAUUGAGUUCAUACGAGUUCCAUCCAAUAAAAUUUGGAGGCCAGACAUUGUUUUGUACAACAAUGCUGUAGGUGACUUCCUUGUGGAAGACAAGACCAAGGCUCUGCUAAAGUUUGAUGGCACCAUCACCUGGAUUCCUCCAGCUAUUUUCAAAUCUUCCUGCCCCAUGGACAUUACCUACUUCCCCUUUGACUACCAGAACUGCUCUAUGAAGUUUGGCUCCUGGACAUAUGACAAGGCCAAGAUCGACCUUGUGCUCAUUGGCUCAAAGGUAAACCUGAAAGACUUCUGGGAAAGUGGAGAGUGGGAGAUCAUUGACGCACCAGGAUACAAGCAUGACAUCAAGUACAACUGCUGCGAGGAGAUCUACCCGGACAUCACCUACUCCUUCUACAUCCGCCGCUUGCCUCUCUUCUACACCAUCAACCUUAUAAUCCCCUGCCUCCUCAUCUCCUUCCUCACUGUCCUGGUCUUCUACCUCCCGUCUGACUGCGGCGAGAAGGUCACCUUGUGUAUCUCCGUCCUCCUCUCCCUCACUGUGUUUCUGCUGGUCAUCACUGAGACCAUACCUUCGACAUCCCUUGUCAUCCCUCUGAUCGGCGAGUACCUCCUCUUCACCAUGAUUUUUGUCACACUCAGCAUCGUCAUCACUGUCUUUGUGCUGAAUGUCCACUACCGCACCCCUAUGACUCACACUAUGCCGGAGUGGGUGAGGUCUGUGUUCCUCGGGGUGCUGCCCAGGGUGAUGCUGAUGAGGCGGCCUAUCGACCAGGGCUGCUCCCCCCCCGCCAGUAUUACAGGAGGGAUCAGUGGGGGAAACACAAAGAGAAAGAACAGCAUAGGAGAUGGAAGCGGCUCAGGAAGUGUGAGUGUUGGGGGUAUAACUGGGGGUGUGGCGUGUGCACCGCUGGAUGGUUGCACAGGAGUAGGAGGGGCCGCCUCAGCUGGCAGCUCCAUGAACUGUGUGGAGUAUGGUGAGAUGAACCGUGAAAUGAACCGGGAUAUGAGCAGGAGGUGCCCCUACAGAGGCAAGGAGGUACCGACUCCAGUCCCUCCCCCAAUGGUGCCUCCUCCUCCUCCUCCUCCUCCUCCUCCCCCCUCACAGGCACCUCAGACCCAGGUGCCCCAGGAGUCAGAGUUGCCCAAGGUGCCGCGGCCAUUAAAUGCCCCUUCGGCUGUAAAUGCAGUUGUUGCCUUCUCCGUGGUGUCUCCAGAGAUCAAGCAGGCCAUAGAGAGCGUGAAGUACAUCGCAGAGAACAUGAGGACUCGCAACAAAGCUAAAGAGGUGGAAGACGACUGGAAGUACGUUGCCAUGGUCAUCGACAGGAUCUUCCUGUGGGUUUUUGUGACAGUGUGUGUGCUGGGAACAGUGGGACUCUUCCUCCAGCCACUCAUUAGCUUCUUUCAAUGAGAAACUCUUCUUUGUCCUGUCCAUUUCUCCCUCUUUUUUGUCUACUUCUGUCUGUCAAUUUAUCCCACUUGAACUACUUUGGGAAUUAUCCCUCCUCCAGCUCUUUCACAUCAAACACUGAACUGUCUUCUUUUCCCUUUUUUUGGCGUUCUGUCUCUCCUCUCUCAGUCUCAUGCUCUUCUCUGGGACAUCACUUCUAGCUCUCAGUUGUUUCCUCACAUGACUUACCCUGAUUUCCCCAUUUCAUCUUUGCCUUGCCCUCUCAAUGUGCACGUAAUGUUGUUACCCAGUCUCUUCCUCUCCAUCAAUGUUAUUAUCUGACAUGAACAUCACAUCUGCUCUCCUUCUUCUUUCCCUUUCUCAGUUUUUCUCCUCUCCUCUGCAAUAUUUUGACCUGCCCCUGCCUACAGUUUGUCUCUUAAAUUUUGUUUGUUCUUCUCUGCAUUUCCAUUCUGUGUUUUUCUGAAAAAAGUUCAUUGCUAUUGUAGAGUCUUAUACAAUGUGUUACAAUGUCAGGUAAUUAUUAAAGUAAUCAUUAUAAUUGCUCCUAGCAGAACGGACAAUAGGAAGGAAUAACUGAAUUUCUUUGUGAGUUUUGCAGUAGGACUUUGUUGUUGUAGGCCAGUGCAAUAAGGACAACACACUUUUGAGAAAUGUAGUAGAUAAUUUCUGUGUUAAAGACAAAUACUGACAGCUAGUAAUAAUAAGUAUGAUGUUGUGAUGUGAAGGUCAUCUGAUGGCUGGCACCUGUACAUACGUUUGUAAAAUAUGAAAGAGUUAUGCAUGG